UUCAUCUGCUGGACAGGUAAAUGCAAUUCUGUGCAUUAUCCCUUCAGGUUUCUCGGUUUCAUGACAUCUGUCGAAGUUCAGGAAAACGUUCUUCCAGUAGCAUUCCUCUUAAGAAGUGGAGUUCAUGCAGCACAGUUUACAUUGGUGAUGGCUGUCUGGUUUACCCUCACCAAGAAACAACAUUAUGGAGCGUUGCGGUUGCCAUUGAAUUACUCGCCCGAAAUCCAAAGAACUUGGAAUUGUCUCGCUUAUUAGCGUCGGAUUGUAUGUAUUUUUCUCAUACACUGGCCUCUAUUCCCUCGGAUUCAAUGCGGGUUUACGAUGACGUGUACAAACUUUACGAUGAAAGAAAAUAUUCCAUUGGGUGCUCAUCCGAAAACUCGGUGGCCAUUCCUAAACCGGAUUUUAUAAACAACCCAAAGGCUUCGGAUGUCCACGGCUUCCUUCGUGGACUAUUCAGCACUGCUUUGUUGGCACCACAGUGUGCCAUUGUCGCUUUGAUCUUCCUUGAACGCCUCAUCAAUGCUGCGGAAGUCGGGUUGCUACCUUGGUCAUGGCGCCGACAGUUGCUGUCCUGUCUAAUCCUGGCCAGCAAACUACUCGAUGACCAAGCUGUGUGGAAUACGGACUAUUGUCAAGUAUUACGAGAUAUCACGGUGGAUGAUCUAAACGCACUUGAACGGCAUACACUUUCCCUACUCCAAUUCAAUGUCGAUGUCCCACCAGCCGUCUAUGCGCGUUACUACUUUGAUCUACUGUCUGUCGGUGAAGCCCGCGGUGUAGCUAACCAGCCGUCCGAACGGCGACGCUUGACUCCUGAGUUGGCCAGGCACUUACGAAUCCUACCAACUCAACCCGAAUCGACCACCGUGGACACGCGUUUGUUGUUUGAUCUACCACGUACCAAUGAGCCUCUUCACUCGUCGGGCACGGCAGCAGCCAAGUUGGAGUCAAACACUCUGAAAAAGGCCUCGCUGACUAUCGAUCGACAACAACAGGUGCCAGUGAGUAGUUUGGAUGUCAAACCGUUGGAAUUUCGACCCCAGCCUUCAGACCCCUAUGUUUCCAUUCCGGUCGCACCCCAUUUGUCCUCCUCCACAUCUAGUCAGCUUCAUUCCCCCCCUGACUGGACUCCCGGACUGUCUACCGACCCGCUAACCGAUAAUGAACCACUCGCACUUGAUGACGAAACCGAAUUUAUCAACGGUCUUACUCUUUCCUCACUUUUGACGUCUGUGCCUCGUUUCCCCGCGUCACCGAACGAUGGCGUAUGUGAUACCGCUCCUUCAAGUCACUCCACCUUCAGUCCCCAAUCUAUUCCCCAUGUACAGCUGAAUCCGACCACACAUCCUCGAAACACAAACACUGUGCCCGGCCAGAGGUUCGCCACUCAUUGUGGCGCGCCAACGGAUACUUCCACUACGACAAUAUACAACCCGGUUGGUAAUAACGGGACUGGAUUCAUCCGCUCAAUCAUGGGUGGUGAGGUUGCCUACUCGCUUCUCAGAGAUGCUGGGAUGUACUAGGCGACUGGGACUGAGUAUUAACUCGUUUCCUUCGGUCACUGCAUUUGUGAUGCCAGUUGUAUUGUUACUUCUUGUCCUCCAGUUUGAACAAGUUUUUCACCUAUAUAUAUCCUAGUGAUUCCUGCUUUUAAUUCCCACCCCACUCACCUACUCGAUCCCCACUCACUUUGAUCUAGUCCCAUUGAUUAGUGCACACAUUGUCGGUUGGCCUGCAUUUACUCUACAUCCGAAACUUCGUUUUAUUUUUUAUUUUUCACACCACCGAUUAGUAGCCGCCACUCCGAUUCCAUCUGUCUGCUUGUGUAUGUCUUCCAUUUGUACAAGGCCAUGUGACAUUUUACUUCUUUUUUAUUUUUGCUUUUGGCAAACAAUCAAUUAACUUUCAAUCAGUUUUCUCAUUACCAUAUGAACUAAUACAACGAAUGAAAUUCAUCUUAGCAUGUGUCGUCUAGAGACUUUGUCAGGACUGCG